GGAGAGAAAUCAAGAGGCCAUGUGUGCCAGCCUCAGACUAGAACACAGUUUUGGGGAACAGGGUAGAAAGAGCUUACAAAUCCCCCCAAGGGUUACAGGGUUACAGGCCCCUAGCUCCCUCCUCCCUCACACCCAGGAGUCCAGGCCCCAUCAUGAUUAUCUAGGAGGAGACCAGCCCAAGCGAGGGAGGGCGGGGGGUGGAGGAAUGCCUGCCAGGCUAGGUAUAGCCAGGAUUCCUGGGCCUUUGCUGGGAGAACCAGCCAGGCAGGAGGAGCUGUCCUCCGUGUCUCAAGUCAGGACAACAACCUGGCAAUGGAAGUCCCAAGAGCCAUCCUGCUGUGCCUCUUUGGGGCUGUCCUCUGCCCGACAGGGUCCCAAGCCAUUCAGUGCUACCGCUUUCAACACGUCUUCUUCGGGCCCUUUGACCUCAGUGGCAUGAAACUCCAAAAUGUCUCCUGUCUCCUUGGAUGCUCUGAGGCUGUCUUGUCCCUGAACACUGGGUACCGCGCCUCACUGACCAUGGUACAGAAGGGCUGCUGGACAGGCCCGGCUACGAGCCACAUGCAGACGAAUGAAAAGGCUCUGCCACCCGACUACUCGGUGGUGCGCGGCUGCGGGACCGACUUUUGCAACGUGAACUUCCAGACCCACGACUCCAUCCCCAAUCUGAGCCCAGCGCCCAACCCGCCAACGCUCAGCGGCGCCGAGUGCUACGCCUGCGUGGGAAUCCACCCGAAGGACUGCACCCCAGAGAAGUCCCGGCGGGUCCAGUGUCACAAGGACCAAAGCGUCUGCUUCCAGGGCAAUGGCCGAAUGACCCUUGGUGAAGGGCUGGGAGGCUCUUUCUCAGUCCCUGUGUACAUCAGAACCUGCCACCGGCCCUCCUGCACCAUCGACGGCACCAGCAGCCCCUGGACAAACAUUGACCUCCGUGGCUCCUGCUGUAAGGACCACCUCUGCAACAAUGACUCCAUGGUCCAGUUCUUCAGGAGCGGCUCGGCCACCGUCGCUCCUGGGGCAGCCCACGUCACGGUCCUGCUCCCCAUGGUCUCCCUGCUGGUUGGCACUCUGGGGGGACUCCCUGGGCUCUCCUCAUAGCCAGCCCCUGGAGCCUCUUCCUGAGCAGGAUGCUGGGGGAAGGGCACACGCAUCCCUUCCUCACUGCUUCAGUCCCUGGAAUGUGGAGAAUAAGAGUUGCAUUCCUGUCUGUCUGUCUGUCUGUCUGUCUGUCUGUCUGUCUCUCCCCCUCCUGCUUCCCUACUGAUGCCCAGCCCUUACCUGGUCAGCAGGCCUGGGGGAAAUCUGGCAAGGUCCCCAGCAUCCCGGGGUGGGGAGACACAGCCACAUCCCACCCCGCAUGAGGAGCACACCUGAUCACAGCUAUUGUUUGCUGCGCACCAGCCAGGCCCAGGAUCCCCACAACCCCAUUUCCUGGUUGUGGGUUUCCUGGUCCCAGGCUCUCCCCUCCAGAGUCUGGAGCCAGGCUGCAUGGGUUUGAAUUCCAGCUGUAGCGUUUUGCCUGUGGGUGACCUUGGGCAAGUUACUUCAUCUCGCUGAGACCGUUUCCUCACUUGUCAGGCAGAGGCGAAAGUAAAACCUACAAUAAUGACAAGACCUACUUAACAGUGGUUGUGGUCAGGAUUUAAUGAAUUCCCUCUCUCUGUCAUCUUGAUAUGUGAUCAUCUGUUUGAAUAUUUAGUCAUUUUAAAAUACUCAUUCAAUACCUACUCAUUGCUGUCUCCUAACUGCAGUGCACAAGAAAUAUCUGGUUUUGGUAAGAGGGAGAAGGCAGUAAAAAAGUAGAAUGGAUGCUACUGAUAAAUUUUUAAUUUAGGAAGGAACCCUCCUACACUGCUGGUGGGAAUGUAAAAGUAGUGCAGCCGCUAUGGAGAACAGUAUGGAGGUUCCUUAAAAAACUAAAAAUGGAACUACCAGAUGGCUCAGCAAUCCCACUCCUGGGCAUAUACCCAGAGAAAACCAUAAUUCAAAAAGAUACAUGUACCCCAGGGACUUCCCUGGUGGGCAGUGGUUAAGAAUCUGCCUGCCAAUGCAGGGGAGACACGGGUUCGAGCCCUGGUCCAGGAAGAUCCCACAUGCUGUGGAGCAACUAAGCCUGUGUACCACAACUACGGAGCCCAAGUGCCACAACUACUGAAGCCUGCACACCUAGAGCCAGUGCUUCACAACAAGGGAAGCCACUGCAAUGAGAAGCCUGUGCACCACGACGAAGAGUAGCUCCCACUUGCCACAACUAGAGAAAGCCCAAGAGCAGCAGCAAAGACCCAAUGCAGCCAAUAAAAAUAAAUAAAUAAAUAAAUGAUUUAUUUAAAGGAAAAAAAGAUACAUGCACCCCAAUGUUCAUUGCAGCACUAUUUACAGUAGCCAAGACAUGGAACUGACCUAAAGGUCCAUCAACAGAUGAAUGGAUAAAGAAGAUGUGGUGUAUAUAUACACAAUGGAAUACUAGUCAGCCAUAAAAAAGAAUGAAAUAAUGCCAUUUGCAGCAACAUGGAUGGACCAAGAGAUUAUCACACUAAGUGAAAUAAGCCAGAUGGAGAAAGACAAAUAUAUAAUAUGGCUUAUAUAUGGAAUCUAAAAAAAUGAUACGAAUGAACUCAUAUACAAAACGGAAAUAGACCCACAGACGUAGAAAACAAACUUAUGGUUACCAAAGGGGAAAGGUGGGGGGAGGGAAACAUUCUAAUUUAACAUAUAAACACUACUAUAUAUAAAAUAGACAACCAACAAGGUCCCACUGUAUAGCACAGGGAAGUAUAUUCAAUAUCUUAUAAUAAACUAUAAUGGAAAAGAAUGUGAAAAAGAAUAUAUAUAUUUUGCCUUAUAGAUAUAUCAUCAUUUUGCGUUACACCUGAAGCUAACACAACAUUGUAAAUCAACUAUACUUCAAUUUAAAAAAUGUAAUUUAUGAACAUCAGGACCACCACCCAUAAUCCUUAUAUAAAAUAAUAAAGGGAAAGAACAGGCAAGAUGAAAAGAAAUGGGUAGACAUACAUGAAAAGAGAAAAAUAAAGGAAGGGAGAAAGGAAAGGAAGGAAGCAAGCAAAGAAAAGAAGAAGGGGAAAAAAAGCAAAGAAGAAAAUAUGCAUACCUAAUACAGUUUGCAUUUCUGUAACUGGUCACAAGGCUAUAUUGAUACAUUUAAUUCCCUUCUUCCAUUAUUCAUUCCAAGUUUCCUUUGCUCUCAGCUGGCUGGUGUUAUUUAUCAAGUUAGGAGACCCAAACCCUCAUUCCUGAAAGGUCUAAAUCCUUAAUGGCCCUGCAUUUUUGUUUGAGGGGGUUACUUACACUAUGGGACAUGGAAACUCUAAGAAGUGCUCCAGAGAAUGCCUUGGGUUCCAGACACGGCCUUCCUUGGCUCCACUCUGCAGCAGGAACCCAAUUUCCCCAUGGUAAUUGAGGUCCAUCACCCCAGCAAAUAAAGUAAUUCUCUUCUUUGCCUGUUGGUUCAGUGGCGUGAGGAGCCCCAAAUGGCCGGAUGACCGUCUCACCUUCCCAUUCAGUGGAAGCACUGCUGUGUCCUCUAGUGGAAGCAGGAAGCAUUCUUUCCUUGGGAACCAAGACCUCCAAACCAGCAGAGCUCAAAGCCAUGGGGAUGGGAGGCAAAAGUUCUACAAGUGGGUGCUUUGUGUAAUAGUGAGAGGGGCCCCUGCUGAGAGGGAUAUGAUGGGAAUAAGAUAAGCUUAAGCAAGAAGAGACACCCAAUUAGGAGAAUUUAUGGGCCCAUUGUAUACAUCUCAUGUAUCUUAGAAUUUAUAACCCUUCCUCUUUAAUCACAUAAACACACAAACUAAACCAGAAUGAUAGUUGGCAUCACCAAAUCUUAAAGCUCUCGCUCUCUCCUUGGUGUUUAUCUAAAUGUUUCUGAAACUUACAAGGAGACAUUCUGACUCUUGUGAGCUAAUAAUAACCUGGAGUGAUAGUUACCAGGUGCAGGGAGGCAUUCACUAAAUCUUAGAGCUCUCUUUGGCGUUUAUCUAAAAUGAUUGUAAAAUUUACAAGGAACUCUUCUAUUUUGGGUAUAAAAGACACACAUGUAAGGCUCCUUCUGGGGUCUCUCCACCCCGUUCUGGUGUCUGUGCCAGAAGCUAUUGUACCCUCUCUAACUGCUCUCUAAUAAACUGUUAUGUU